UGCCUGUAGUGAAUCAACAGAGGAAGAAAACCGGACAGAAGCACACAAUGCAGUUUGAGUGCUACGGGUAAUCCACCCAGGCUUCAUGUAUGUCAAGAAAAAUUGAUGUACCCUAUUUUGACGAUCGGAACGAAAAGUAAGCUUUCAUAGUUUAAUUUCCAAGUUACGCUUGAGUGAAAGCCAUCUUGUGCUGCGGAGCCCGGCGAAAUCUCAAUCUUCAACGGACUGAGUGGCUCACACAGCGGGCCGCGGAAGGAGGUGCUCGGCCUGCGCUGACGGAGCUGCGCUCAACAUCCCUGACGGUGCAACUCCAGCCCGAGGCGUCGAGGCCCGUUUUAUAUUAUUAUCGUUUUAAAUGGAGGCUCGGACGAAAGCAGAAGCCAAAGGAAAAUGGCCUUAUUUAGAGCUCGAGUGAUGACUGUGACAAUGUCUUGACAGAAAGACAGUUCCUGGAAAAUCGAGAAGCAUUUAUAAUCUGUGUGUUUUUGGAUUAAACGGGCCUAGUAAUGCCCAAACAUGACUUUAAUCGGACUGCAGUGUGCUCCCACCUUAAUGCCUCCACUGGGCUCUAUUAAAUUAUAAGGCAGGAACGAUAAAUCGUAUCUUCAUCUGAGACCUUAACGUGGUUUUAUAUCUCGUAAUAGUUUGUAAACUGUCCCAAGCCGGAUCAGGGUUUACUUUCUAAGUGCCUUUGUACGGACAUUGUGGUGCUUUGACAUGGACGGUCCCAGUCGAAGCGGUGGGUUCAGGCAGAGCCGUCGCUCCCGCUCCCAGCGUGACAGAGAGCGGCGGCGGAGGAGAGCGGAUCUCGCUGAGCACAGGGCCUCAUCGCCAUCCUCGGCCUCGGACCAGGAACUCUGCAGAGGAGACUCGUUGCUCGGUGCAGGCAGGGGAGAAUGCAGACCCGUCUUCCCCGGGGCCAGACACCGGCCUCCGCGUCGGAGAAAGAGAGAAUCCGUGUCGUGCGAGGAGGAUAUCAUCGAUGGAUUCGCCAUAGCCAGCUUUAUAAGCCUGGAGGCGUUGGAGAUGGACUGUUCUCUGAAGCCACCAGAACGAUCUGGCUUGUUAAUGGUUAGAGGAAUCAAAAGAAAGAGAGGCCUUGACGAAAAUGGAGGCCCUCUGUCGGAGCCGGAGGAAGGACCUCCUGCAACGUUUACCAACAGCUGGGAACAGCGCAGGAAAAUCAAAUCCAAACUCAAGAGAAAAGGAGAGGCUAAGGUAUCUGGGAAUCACAUGGAGACAGGAUACAUUUGUGAUACAGAAAGUGAAUCCGGGGAUAAGGCUUCGGACAAUAUGGAGCCAGCAUUCGUUGUUCGCACAAGAGAAGCUAACUCCAACUUGGUAGCAUCUGCCGCAGCAAACGGUUGCCCUCUGUUGCCCUCGAAUAGCUCGCUACCCCUUCUCUCAGUCACACCCCGGAUCUCUGGUCUGGAGAGGAGUCAGGAGAGGAGUAUGGAGCAGCCUUACCCUGAGCCCAUCUCUACCUCAUCCUCCCUUUCCAGCCUGACAUCCCAUUCCACCGCCUCGGUCUCCGUCUCACUUCCUGAGCAGCGUAAUAGAAAUGGUGGUCCUCAUCAACGGCACAAUCCCAGUCCAGCACAGCACAAACACAAGCCUUUCCUCCCUUUCCUUGAGAAGUCACCAUCAAUCUUCACUAUAGGAAGCAACAGCAGGUCAGUGAGGAGCAGUACCUCAGGCAAGCUUCCAUCCUCAUCGGCCUCUUCAUCAUCGCUCAGACCACCUACUCCUGCUACAAGUGUGUCCCUAGGUCGAGGGCCAGGGGGAGUGGGAACAGUGCGACCUUCUUCUCGUCCAGGUACUGUCUUCACCCCGUCCCCCAACCUCCCCCCACCUCCUCCUCUCCUGCAGGUGUCACCGCACCGUUCGACAGGUAAAGAUCCAGAUCUGAUCUGCCAUGACCUGACAGAAUCUGGUGGUGCACCCGUGGGGACGUCUGUGUCCAGCUCAAGCUCCGGGACCUCCGGCAGAUCUUCACAAGCCCAGACAGCCAUCCCCACAAUGGCCUACCAGUUCCAUCAGCACAACCACCAGCACCAGCACACUCAUACUCACCAACACUUUUUACAUCCCACAGCAGCUGCACCUCCACUGUUUGAGAAGUAUCCAGGCAAGAUGGACAGUCUCUUUCGACAUCCGUUUUUUCCUCAGUAUCCACCACCUGUGCCUGGAAUACAGCCGGUUCUUCCACCAACAGGACCUUUCAGUUCAGUGGGGGGAGCAUUUCAGCCUAAGCUUGUUGUCCUUCAGGGAGCUGCUCCAGAGAUGACUUCUGGUUUGGGUGUACCUCCCCAUCUGCAACCUAAAGCUACAAGGCAGCUAACAGACCCAUUUGCACCACCUCCAAAAGUCAGUAAUAAACCUGGAAAAUGGUGUGCUAUGCAUGUUCGUGUGGCCUGGAUGAUUCUAAGACAUCAAGAGAAAGUCAAGCUUAUGCAUGCUGAUCCACAAAAACUUGACUUCCGUAAUGACCUGUUACCUCGACUACCUGGCCCUGGUAUUGGAGGACUAGGAGGUCUAGGAUCACUCGGUGGCCCCCUUCCUCCAACUCAUGAUCUUACAAGACCAGGCCUGUUUGCAGCUGCUGGUGGAGUCAAUCCGUCCUCCACACCAUUCAUGCCUCCAACAACGCCCCACUCUUUCCUCACCCCAGCAUCACAUCUGGACCCAUAUGUACGUUCGCCUCCCUUUCCCACUUUGGGAGCCCUGGGUUCUGGUGCCUUUGGGGGCUUAGGUAGCCCAACAAUAGCUGCCAGUGUGUUUAAGACUGAGUCUUCUGCAAGUGCAGUUGGAGGAUUAGGCAACCCCCAUGAUCCAUGGAGUCGUCUGCAUGUUCCCCCUCCAACCUUCUCUUCUGGUUCCUCGUGGGUUAAAGGCCCAGAAAAAAGAGAUGAUAGAAUGAAAGAAAUGGAGAGAAGAGAACUGACUCAUAUAAAAGAUGAAAAAGACAGAGACAGUAUGUUGUAUGGACGCCAGCCAGUGCGAAUGUCGCCUGGUAUCCCAUCCAUCAAGCAUCGCAGCAGCACCCCCAGUUCACAAAUGAAUGGCCUGGGUCCACUGAGCGGAGGCGGGGUUCAGCCUGACAGCCGAGAGCGUGAACGAGACCGAGAAAGAGAGUUGGACAAGAGACAACAUUCUGCAUCUCGGGCACCAGUGUCUGCUUCUGCCGCAGCACCUGAACGACCUCGGUCUUCAACAUCAUCUUUACUUACAGCCUCUCCUACCAGUGCCCCCUUAGCCCCUUCUCCUCUGGAUCUGUUUCACCGACAGCCACCGCACACUCUCAACACCGAAUCCAGUCACUCUUUACAAAAAGAGAACAAUGGUCCAACCUCUUCUUCUUCCUCUGCUAGUUCACUUCCAGUCAAGAAACCUGAUCGGACCACGACUCCAGUAACUAAACCCGGUCCAAACCAUGGGUUGCUUCCUUCCCAAGUCAAGGUUAAAGAAGAGCGUAAAGAGGAGCCUGAGCCAGUGCCCAUCUCCUCACAUCCUGCUGUACCCCCACACAGCUAUGAACGACCUAGUAGUCGACACCACCACCAUCCAUCCACUCCUUCCUCAACCCUCUCAUUGACUCCUACGCCUGGCAUGCCCCUUCCUCCUCCUACUCCACACACUCCUCAUCAUCCUCUUUCUCUCCUAGAUCGUACAAGGGCUAUGGAUGCUUAUCUAGGUGGUGCUGGAGGCCCAGCUGGACUGGUAAUAGGUGGUGCAGGUGAUCGGUUCCAUCCACAUCCACAUGGUCCACCACAAGGUCAUUCCCAAGCCACUCAUAGCUUUCCCUGGGACCCUUGGAGGGAUCUGGCUGCCCAACAGCAGCAGCAGCAGCAGCGCAGGGAUCUUUUGAAUCUGAGAUCAGAUCCCCACCUUGCACUUCGCACUGAUCCACACUUGUCUCGUUUUCUCCAGCAUCAACAUAACGUACAGCGCUAUUUCGAGGCAGAGAGAGCUGCUGCUGUAGCAGCAGCAGUGGCAAACAGCCCACACCAUCCACCAGUACCUACCUCUUCAUCUGCUUCUUCCUCGGCAAACAGACCAGAGUUUGCGAUGAUGUCGCAUGCGUUUGACGAGGAACAACGUGCUCAGAUACUGCGUGAAGACUUUGAGAGAGCACGGUACUUUGGGAUGCAUCCACACCUGUCCUCACCUCACCUUCCUGGCCCAUCUCAGGCUGCCCACCUAGAACAGCUUCAUGCCGGGCUACUAUCUCACGCUCAUCUUCAUCCGGCUGGAGCAUCCGGACCUUCACAUCACCCCGGCCUUUACGCUAGACUCGGUCCUCUGCAUUCACACUCUCAUGUACCUAAUGGCAUUCUAACCAAGGCCCCAGGUCUGGUUGGGGCAUUGUCAGUUGGGGCUCCACCACCUCUUAUUUCAUCUGUGAACAGAUCUUCUACUCCACCCCGUGGCUCCAGACUUGGUGGUGCAGGAGACUUGGUCCUUUUUACCACACAUAAAGAUGGGGAGUCCAGAUAGUAAUGGGUAAAGCGUAGAGAUGUGCUGAAGAAACCAGUCCUCAUAUGGAAAGGUUCUGCCGGACACUCAAAUAAAGAGCUAAGCUUUGAUGACCAUACACAAGUGUUUUGAAACAACCUAAAGGGGAAACAGAGACUUCCUAUGGCUGUUUGAUAUAUUUAUCUAUCCACUGUGGUUCUGUUGGUGCAAUUAAGGUAUUAUCUUGCCAUGCCCUGGUUUUAAGAAGGGUUGUCUUUUCAAAGAGGCCUGUCGAUAUUCAGACUAUUCAUUAUUGCUAAAAAGGUGAAAACGGGCUGUCUUGAAGAGUGAUGGAUCCAGAAUUGUGUUCAAAGAUACAGUUAUAAUUUUUACAAAUCAAAGGAGGUCUGUUUCUCUAGGUGAACUCGAAGAAAACCAUACUGUAAAGAGAAAUUUCAUCAUCUGGUUGAAAAAGUCAAGUACUUUGUUUUUUUUUUGUCAAUAUGAACUGUCUGGAAAUGUGAUAUGUGCAACCAUGGAAUGAUGAAUUUAAAGACACGUGGUCAUCAUGGUUUUAAAUAUUCAAGUCAACCAUCAGGCAACUUCCAUGAACAGCAGAAUGAACUUAAGAUUUAUUUUAUUCUUUAAAAAAAAUUAUGAACUGUACAUCUUGUCGGAUAAUAUUUUAAAAUCUAACGGGAAAGAACUGUCUCCCAUUCAUUAGUCUGAUUCAGAAAAAGAAGGGGUCAGAAUAUAGUAGAAUAGUGAUAUUGCUUUUGUAAUAAUUAUUGCUAACAUUAAUUACCUUCCAUAAUAAAUAUAUUCACUGUU